AUGUCCACAGUCUCAAUGUCAACAUUCACAGAGUUCUUUCUCUAUGCUAUGAUAGUGCCUGUUAUGCCGUCAGCGCUGGUGACGCGCGCUGGAGUUCCCUUCGAACACCGUGAAUACUGGGUCAGCGUCCUCUUGAUGUGUGAAGCUGCAGUGUCUGUAACCUGCUGUCCCAUUUUCGGGUUUCUGGUUGAUAUUUCAGGCACCCGUCAACUUCCCUAUCUUUUUGGACUCACCCUACUUGGCGCUUCAAUGAUUCUCCUCGCUUUCGCAAAAACACUGUCUAUUUUCAUCAUCGCGCGGCUGCUCCAGGGCGGUGCGACGGCAAUGGUAGCGGUCGCUGGGCUUGCCCUAGCCACGGAUUCCUUUGACAAGGAUCGAUUAGGCAUUGCAGUUGGGUAUUUGGGUUCUGCCAGCGCGUUGGGUUUUGUACUAGGCCCAUUUCUAGGUGGGCUAAUAUACACCCACUUUGGAUAUGAAGCAGUUUUUGUGAUGGCUGCUGUUCUUGUCGGUGUCGAUUUUAUCCUCCGCGUUCUGUUGAUCGAGAAAAAGGUCAUGGAGAGUUGGAUUGAUACUGAUACAGAAUCACCUGAUGAUAAUAAUCAACACAUCACCGGAAAUCCCGAUCAAUGUUCCUCCACUAACGAAGGAGGUUUCCUUCUGCUCAACCUCAUCCGGCAACCGCGAAUCCUCAUCACCCUUUGGGCUCUUCUCGUAAUCGGGAUUUUUUUUUCUGCUUUUGAUGCCACCCUCCCCAUAUUUGUUGAGUCUACAUUCCACUGGUCCCCAGUGGGAGCCGGUUUGAUUUUCCUUCCAAGUGCUUUUACAUCACUUAUGGGCCCUUAUUUUGGAUCUAUUUGUAACCAUUAUGGUCCACGGGCUAUGGCAUUUACUGGAUUCAUCCUCCUUUGUCCGACUCUAAUCUGCCUUUCUUUGAUUGAACAUAAUUCCUGGCCUCACAUUGCUACCCUGGUUGCUCUUUUAUGUUUGACUGGUCUUUUCAUAAACGUGGGUCUCCCUGCUUUGUACGUGGAGUCCCAGGCUGUCCUGGACGACAUGGAGUGCAAAAGGCCAGGAAUUACAGGCCCUAAAGGUGCUAUAGCGCAGGCAUUUAGCUUGCAGACGAUGGCCCAAUUCAUUGGAUUGUUUUUUGGUCCGCUGUGGGGUGGGUUUAUUGAGUAUCAUUUUGGAUGGAAGACUAUGGCAUGGACUCUGGGCUUGCUUGCCUUUGUAACAGCAAUUCCCAUGCUAUGGUUGAGUGGCAAGGUCCAUGAUGCUAAAGAUGAUGUCGGCGGAGAGACUGAACCACUUUUGGGAGACAGACUCGAGUGA